UAUAUUUCCGUUAUUACCAUUGGGAUUACAUGGUGAUGCGAUAGCCAUUUUGCAUAAGCCUCGUUUAUCAUAAUCAACUGUACUCAUACGUGUCUUGUAGCAAUAGUUACUUUGCUAUUACUUAUUAUUGUUUAAAUUUGUAACAAUUUACUUUUACCGUCACGUAAACAAGUAUAUUUUUUUUUUAUUUAACUAAAAAAUUUUAUUUUCGGCGUUAAAAGUUACAGAGACUGAUCAAUAAACAACCAGCAUGGUAGGGACAAGGGUCUAUGUCGGUGGCCUUCCAUACGGGACAAGGGAAAGAGACCUUGAGAGAUUUUUCAGAGGAUACGGCCGUUUCCGUGAUGUUCUCAUCAAGAACGGCUAUGGCUUUGUCGAAUUCGAUGACUACAGAGAUGCUGACGACGCAGUCUACGAGCUGAAUGGUAAAGAAUUACUAGGCGAAAGAAUUACUGUAGAGAGGGCCCGGGGAACACCUAGGGGUAGUGACCAGUGGCGCUAUGGUGACUCCCGUGGUGGUUAUGGGGACUCGAGACGAUCUGCCCGAGACGAUAUGCGGCACGACAGAGAUAGUGUGAACAGAAACACAAGGACUGCAUCUAGCUACAAGCAAUCAUUGCCCAGAUAUGGACCACCGACCCGAACCGAGUACCGUCUGACAGUGGAAAAUCUUUCAAGCCGCGUAAGCUGGCAGGAUUUGAAAGAUUAUAUGAGACAAGCUGGUGAAGUUACAUACGCUGACGCCCACAAGCAACGUCGAAAUGAAGGAGUUGUGGAAUUCGCAACAUACUCAGACCUAAAGAAUGCCAUCGACAAGCUGGAUGACACUGAAUUAAAUGGCCGAAGAAUUCAUCUGAUUGAAGAUAAGAGGAGAGGACGUCGUUCCCGGUCGUCAAGCUCUAGAUCCCGUUCUCGAUCACGUUCUCGUUCACGUCGCCGUUCACGCUCUCGCUCACGAAGCCGUCGUAGCUCUCGUAGCCGCAGCCGUCGUAGCAGCCGUUCCAAGUCAAGAGCGCACUCUAAAUCAAAAUCAAAAUCCAAGUCUAAAUCUCCUGAACGCAGCCGUUCACAUUCCAAGUCCAAAUCAAGAGAUCGUUCAAAGUCGAAGUCAAAGUCUAGAUCACGCUCUAGAUCUAAAACUGAGAGGUCUAAAUCACGAUCACAGUCUAAAUCAAAAGCCAAAUCACCUUCCAAAGAACGUUCAAGCCGCGAGCGUUCACGAGGUGACAGAUCCAGAUCCCGAUCAGAAAGCAAACACAGCAAGAGUCAUAGCCGCUCACGAUCUCCAAUGAACGGUGACAAGUCACCUCAAAGUAAUAAAGACAAAGAAGAUUGAACUUAAAAUUUUUAUAUUCUGAUAACUAAAAAGUAAAACAUUAAAAUAAUUAAAAUAUAAAUUUAAAACAGGAUCAUUUAAAAUUACACACUAGAAUUAAGCCUAUUACAAUAUAUUUUUGUUUAUCAAUAAAUAAUUAUUGUUGUGAUGAGUGUACUGAUGUAAUCUGGCUAACAGGAAUUCAUUAUAAAACUUGUAAUUAAUUACAUCUACGAGUUUACUAAACAAAUGGCUAUUACUUUUCCUUAGAUUUUUUUUUCAAUCACUAUAAAUAAUUUAUUUUUUUUUUUCGACUAGAGUUCAAUUUGACAAAGAUUUAUAAUUAAUAAAAAAUAAUGAUAAUAAUACAAUAAUUAAGUAUUGUAUAGGCAUUUAAAAGUUUUAUAUUUGUCCGUUUUUUCAUACUUUAAUUUGGGAGAAAAAACUUGAUCAUUUAAACGACCAAUUUUUUUUGUAUAUACUCUUGAUUAACAUUAAUUAAGUAAUACGUAAUAUCUGUAUUUAAUUAAAAGUUAAAUUUAUCAAUAAAAAUCAAUUGUAUUUAA